UUAAUUCAAAUUUUCUUCUGUUUGUUGCAGAAACUAAAGAUUCCUCAAUGGAGACUCUACUGUUGAACCAGUCUGUGUACGAUUGGGAGUUUGAUGAAGACUUUACAAGUGGUGAACUGAUCGGACCGUGCACAUUCAGCCUGAACCACAGUGUGACGAACGUACUCAGCUUGUAUGUUCACUCCAUCAUCUGCAUCCUGGGCUUUGUGGGAAACACCUCAGUCAUCAUCACUUACGCAUUCUACAAGGACACCAAGUCCAUGACCGAUGUGUUCCUGCUCAACGUGGCUGUCUCUGACCUGUUGUUUGUCUUCGCUCUGCCGUUCAUCGCCUACAGCGAGCUCCACUCGUGGCCGAUGGGGCAGGUGGCCUGUAAGUUGCUGCGUGGCUCCUACAGCGUGAACCUCUACAGCGGCAUGCUGCUGCUCGCCUGCAUCAGCAUGGACCGCUACAUGGCCAUCAUUCACCUCCACAGCAGCUUCCGGUUACGCCUGUUGUCGUACAGCCGUCUCAUCUGCGCCGUGGUCUGGGUCUGUGCCGUGCUCCUGUCCAUCCCCACCUUCGUCUUUUACCAGUGGUACGAGCCCUCCACCAGAGUGGUCUUCAUGUUGGAGACCAAAGACGAGGGACCAUCUUCAACGGCUCCUCAGUACAUCUGCGAGAUGAAGUUUGAGGACAGUGAAACAGCUGAAACGGUUAAGGUGGCUGUCCCCAGCAUCCAGAUGGCCGUCGGCUUCUUCUUGCCGCUCGUCAUCAUGAUGGUCUGCUACACCGCCAUCAUCGUCACCCUGAUGAAGACCAGAAACUUGCACCAGAACAAAGAGGUUCAAGUGGUGUCAGUGGUGAUGGUGGUGGUGGUGGUGUUCAUCACCUGUCACCUGCCCUACAACUCCGUCCUGCUGCGCGACACCGUCAGCAUGUUCAAGCAGCUGUCGUGUGAGGAGGCGGACUCCUGGCAGACCGCCCUGACCGUCACGCAGUCCAUCGCCUACCUGCACUGCUGCCUCAACCCCUUGGUCUACGGCUUCAUUGGGGUGAAGUUCAGGAAGAACUUCAAGAAGGUCUUCCAGGACCUGAAGUGUCUGAGUAAACAACAACCAUUUCAUUUAGUGAAACAACGGCGCUGA